UGAAUUAAUACCUUGACUCAUCCUUCCACAUCCUCGACUGCGAAAGAGGCAACACACAUCUACCAGCCGUCACCAGACGGCCCACCAUCCUCAAAAUGCCGUCUCAACAAAUCAACCAACCCUCCAAUCAAAUCAAACUCACAAACGUCUCCCUCGUGCGGCUAAAGAAGGGCAAGAAACGCUUCGAAGUGCCCGCCUACAAAAACACCGUCCAAGCCUACCGCGCCGGCAACGAAGACGACCUGGACAACGUGCUGCAAAUCAACAACGUCUUCAUCAACGUCUCAAAGGGGCAAGUAGCGCCGAACGAGGACCUCAAAAAGUCCUUCCCCGGCCUGACGCGCGAGCAAAUCGUGCUGGAGAUUCUGCGCAAAGGCGAGGUGCAGGUGGGCGAGAAGGAGCGCGCGCAGGAGCUGGAUAGAGUGCAUAAAGAGGUCAUCGAUAUUGUUGCGGGCAGGCUGGUUGAUCCGAAGUCGAAGAGGGUGUAUACCACCGGCAUGAUUGAGAAGGCGCUCGAUCAGCUUUCGAGUCAGGGUGGACAUGCAGGGCGGCAAGCGGGGAAAACCGCACAUGGAGAUCAUACUGGCAGCGAUCGCAGCAAGAGUCGCGAUCAAAGUACAGCGACUGCAGACGGUGCGCAGCCCAACGGCGACGCCGCCGAACCUGCAGCACGAGAAGCCACCAAACCCAUCUGGAAGGGCGUGAGCACCACCCGCUCCGCCAAGUCCCAAGCACUAGAAGCCAUGAAAGCGCUAAUAGCACACCAACCCAUCCCCGUCGCGCGAGCAAGAAUGCGCCUCCGCAUCACCUGCCCCAACAGCAUCCUCAAGCAAAGCGUCAAAGCCGCCCCGAAAGCGAGCAACGAUGACGACGACGAGCAACAACAACAAGCACCAGGCACCGUCAAAGACAAAAUCCUCUCGUUCGUCGAGCAGGUGGAGCACCAGGACACCACGAGUGGCGAGGAGUGGGAGGUGGUGGGCUUCGUGGAGCCCGGCGGGUUCAAGACGCUGUCGGAGUUUGUGAGUACGCAGACGAAGGGCCGGGCGCGGGUGGAGGUGCUGGAGAUGGCUGUGACGCAUGAGGAUUGAGGCCUUGUGCGUUUUGUGGGCAUUGCGUUCUAGCGACUGUGCGAGCAGGCGAGAGUGGUUUUAUUUGAGGGGCCAACAAAACACAUCGAGCGAUGAAGUUAGAUGAUCUAAAUGAU